GCAUCAGCUUUCCAGUUGUUGUCCCUACCUGUACCACUCCUUUAAAACCUUCCUUCCGCACAUCAAAUCUCCAAAGUUUCCUUAACUACAUUUAUCUUAAAACGGAAAAAAUAUAGAAAAAAAAAGAUGGGCAAAAAAAUGAAGCUCCCCUCUCUUCUCAAGAACACUUCUGCUUCUGCUUCUUCUUCUUCUUCUUCUUGGGCUUGGCCUUCAUGUCACCAACCAAAAACCCACUCUUUCAGAGCCACCAAAGAAAUCUUCAAGACCUACUUCGACGCCACCGUCACCGCCAUGGACACGCUACUUCUCAACACCUCCGAAGACUCCUUCUUCACCGUGUCUCCGGACUCCACCAGCUUCUCAACCACUUCCGACGACGACUAUACACCGUCAACAAAAGACGACUCAUCUCGAGUGGAUUUCAGAAAGUCCAUGGAAGAAAUGGUGGAGGCUCAUGGAGUGAAAGAUUGGGAAGGUCUUGAAGCGCUUCUUGGUUGGUACUUGAAGGUUAAUGGGAAGAGCAAUCAUGGAUAUAUAGUUGGUGCUUUCGUUGAUUUAUUAGUCUCUCUUACACUUGCUUCAUCUUCUUCUUCUACUACUUCAUCUUCUGAUUCUCCUUCUUCUUCUUCUUCCUAUUCUCCUUCUUCUCCUUUGUCCUUUUAUAGUUCUUCACUCUCUUCCUCUUGUGUUUCUUGCUUGGAGGCUGAACAAGAACCACAAGAGGUUGAUGAUGGUGAUGAUAAUGAUACUCCUCCUGCUUCUUCGUCUUCGUUGUUGGAGCAAGAUAAGGAGGAGAUCAAAUAUGAACAUGUUGCUUCUUCUUCUUCUUCAUCUUCCUCAAAAGUCUAAGUUUUUGUUUAUCAUAAAACUAUUCAUCAUCAAACUUUAAACUUAUUAGACAGAUAUAUGUAUCGAAAAGAAUUGUAUUAUUGUUGUGUACUUUUUAGGCUCCAAAAAUUCUAUUAUUAUGUAUCUCUUUUUUGGAAUAUAUCCGAAUUUUAUUAUUCGGAUGGACUGAUCUGACUCAUAGUAGAUUGUAUCUGCUACUCCUAACACGAUAUGUGGCUUCUAGCAGAAUUGUAAUUUAUUAGUAUAAGUAACAAUUUCUUUUUCAUGAUUUUCAUGGCGAGCUAAUUUCUUAUCCAAUAUAUGUGCGCUGGCCUUCAUGGAGGGGAACUUGAGAGUAUUAUCACUUUCUAUUUUUCCCAAUUUAAUUAUGAGAAUGUUUUAAAAACUAAGCUUACACAGUUAAUAUUGCAGUCAAUACCAACGUAUAUAAGAAAUACAAUAUUGAAAUUAGGAAAUUAGUUGCUUUAAUAUUAUUUCUUAUCAUUCCACUUUAAUUAUAUAUGUUCC